CUUUCCGCAGGGUGCGGUGGUCGCCCGGGCCGUCCGUGGGCCUCGCUCCGGGAUCCCCAGCCUGCGGGCUUGACUCUACUUCCUGCAGGCCCAGGGCUGUCCGAUCCAUGGCGGAAACCAUUUUUGGCAACGGGAGUGACCAGUGGGUGUGUCCAAAUGACCGACAUCUGGCCCUCCGUGCCAAGCUUCACACCGGCUGGUCAGUGCACACCUUCCGAACGGACCGUCAGAGGAAGAUGCAGGCUUUGGAUUCGAAGGAAAUGGACGUCAUCCUGGCGGUCAUCCGCAGAGCUGAGAAGCUGGACGUUAUCGAGCAGCAGAGAAUCGGGCGCCUGGUCGAGCGGCUGGAGAACAUGCGGAAGAAUGUUUUGGGCAAUGGCUUGUCUCAGUGCCUGCUCUGCGGGGAAGCCCUGGGAUUUUUGGGGAGCACAGCCGUGUUUUGCCAAGACUGCAAAAAGAAAGUUUGCACCAAGUGUGGCAUAGAAACGCCGGGUCCCCACAAACGGCCUGUUUGGUUCUGCAAGAUCUGCAGUGAGCAGAGGGAGGUUUGGAAGCGAUCGGGGGCCUGGUUCUACAAAGGCCUCCCGAAAUGCAUCCUGCCAUUGAAAGGCAGCAGCAAAGCCAAGGAAACCCACCGCCAGCCUCAUCGAGCAGAACCGCCAUCUCUGGAGCUCCGGGGCAGCGGGCUGGAUCAGACCUAUACCUGGGCCAGGGGAAAAGUUGUCUCUAGUGACAGUGAGAGUGACUCAGAGAUCAGCUCCUCAAGCUUUGACGACCGGUCUUUGUCCGCGGGAUCGAAGAGUUUCAAGACCAGGAAACACCCCGCAGAGUCCGUUUCCAGCGGCGAGGCUGCUCGGUCCCCAAGCGGGACCACCGGUCGGGCGUUGGGCAGCACCAUAUCGGGGAGCCAAAGCAGUUUGGUCAGCGAGCAAACCGGGGGAUACAGUGCCCCAGAAACCUUCCCAAGUGAUCGUGAAGAUGCGGAUCGCGAUGCUGUCCGGAGCACGGCUGGGAAAAGACGUCUCUUAACAAGCCCCUGGUGCUGAUUGCUCUCAAAAGCCUCCUGCCUUUUCCUUACCUGCCUCCGGAGUGGAACUCAAGGUGGAUCUAUAGCCUAGGAUUUGGGGGAAGAACCUUCACCCUUGCCAACAUGGGGACCCCCGUACCCCUCGGUCACUCCUCGGCCCGUACUGUCUCUCUUUGAUUGCUCUUUUCCACACCGGAGGAACGGCGGAAAAAGGAAAGCUGAAAGAUUCGUGUGACUGGAUUUUACAACAAGGGUAGGGUGUUGAAACAGCCUGGAUUGGGACUGUACGUGCCGGGAUUCCCGUGUCCUCACUGAAAAGACUUUUCUUUGGGAAUGGCAGCGGGUGUGACAGGAAAGGGGAGAAAUUUGGAACUCAGCUCCUUGCAUAAUAUUGUUCCACACCUGCAUACACACACACACACACACACACACACACACACACCCCACCUUGACUUUGGCCCUGGGCAAAAGGUGGAUAUUGUGUUGUGUUUCCCCUUCCUGAGAGCUGUGAGGGUUUAAGAUGGACCCACAGCCACACAUGGGGCUGCGGGGAUGAAGAAGAGGCAGGUGUCCUCUCUCGCUGGUUGGCUGGCUCGAGUGCAUCUGGCGGGAAGAGAGGUGCCCGGCGGGAGCGCGAGUUGGGGCCCUCUGGAUUUCAGAAAUGUUUCAGCAGCUGGAUUAGGGUGUAUUUCUGCAGAGGGAAGGCGAAGGUUGAACUUCCAAGAGGGAAAACAAUUUGGGGGGGGGUCCUGUAUUGUAUGGGGGUCACCCCACCUAUCCCAUCUGUCAACUGGAAGCAGGUGCUGUCUGGGAGAAAGGAGGAGAUGGACGAGCAGGGAACAUGAGGCCAGAUGCCGCAUUAGAUGCUCUGUCGCUCCCUAUUUUGAGCAGCAGGAACUGAAGAGAUGGAUCUUUGGGACCAAUUUGUGGCCCCCCCUCUGUCCUCCCUCCCCAUAUACACCAUGCACUGAUUCAGAGGGAUUGGAUCUCUUCUCACCCUGGGGCAGGACAGCCCUCCCAGUGUCUUCAGAAGAGAUCUGGUGGGAUAUGCCUGUUUAUAAAAUAAUCCCCCUUUUUCCCCGGGGAGGCAAUUCCUGCACCCAGGAAGGGUGAUGAUGGGGUGGUGGUCCUCCCAGAGAGCAGGCGAUGUCUGCUUUGUCUCCCUUCCUCGAAAUACACCCCCUUGAAAAAGAGCUCCUGAUUAUUACAUGAAGCUUCUAAUCCAGUGUUUCUCAACCUUGGGCACUUGAAGAUGGGUGGGC